AUGCCGUACUCGCACGAGUCAGAGGACAUUGCCGAUACACCAUUAGGCGAGCGAUCACAGCAGGGUCAAUCAGGCGGCGAAAAGCAGCGAAAGGGAGAAGAAUUCCAGGCAUCAGAAGAGAAACAGCCUGUUGCUCCAGACACAUUGAACCUGCAAAGCACCCGCAACAGACUACGCAUCGCGGCGACAAACUUCAAGCAGAAGGCCUCUCGCUGGGGCGAACGAAUGGGUCGCCCAACCACCGGCGGCGACGAUCUCUACUCGGGUGUGUAUCACAGCGACUGGGCAACGGGAAGCCAGCCACCUCUUUCUGACGUGACGGACAACAAGCACAAAACCGAGGAAGAGAAGCGAGAGCACAAGGUCGAAAGUAGCUCCGAGGCGCAUCGCCUAGUACGCGAUCUCACGCAAGAUCACUCUGCAAUGCGGCGCAAGGUACGCGGCAAGCCCUAUCCGUAUCGCAGGGCGCAUUUAGUCGGAGGCGAGGAUGAAUCUAGUAUGGAUUCGGGAUUACGGUAUCGAUCAGGCGGUGGUGGCAUUCUUUCACAGUUGAUCAAGCUGAAUGGGGGCGGACAAAAUGGGGACAAUUUAUCGCGAACACCGAGUCAGUCAUCUAUGUCCUCGAUGGGUUCUGUGAUACCAGGGCCGGCGUCGCGUACGGGAUCAUCAGAUUCGGGGUCUGGGGCGGCGACGGCGAAAAGAGGGAAAGUGAAGUGGUACAAAAGGCCGCCCAACACGUCAACAUCCACCCUGAUUGGUGCCAGUGGAGGUGCAGGGAGCCUGAGUGGAGCGAGCACUCCGGUAUCGAAUGAGGUAUUAUCUGCAGCAGAAAAACGACGUGGCAAGCAAUCUGAUCGGAAAGUGCGACUAGAAGACGAGAUCCGAGUGACGGUACACAUUGCAGAGAUCAUCUGUCGACAGCGAUACAUCAUGCAGCUCUGCAGGGCAUUGAUGACGUUCGGUGCCCCGACUCACAGACUGGAAGAAUACAUGCAGAUGACGGCCAAAGUGCUAGAGGUUGACAGCCAGUUUCUCUACCUCCCAGGCUGCAUGAUCAUGUCAUUCGAUGAUCCGUCAACAAGAACAACUGAGGUGAAACUCGUUCGCGUGGCACAGGGAGUCGACCUCGCUCGUCUUUCCGAUACCUAUCUCAUCUACAAGAACGUUAUCCACGAUGUUAUUGGAAUUGAAGAAGCGGUGCAGGAGCUGGAUGAGGUAGUGAGGAAGAAACCACGGUACUCCAAGUACAUCGUUGUGUUAAUCUACGGUGUCGCAACGGCGACAGUGGGACCAUUCGCAUUCAACGCGCGACCGAUCGACAUGCCAAUUAUUUUCCUCAAUGGCAUUCUCGUGGGAGCGAUGCAGCACAUUGCUGCACCCCGCUCAGCCCUGUACUCAAACGUAUUCGAAGUAUCUUCGACUGUGGUGACGUCCUUCCUCGCCCGCGCAUUCGGCAGUAUUCCCAAGGCCAUCGUCGACGGCAAACGCCAAUACCUCUUCUGCUUCUCCGCCAUCUCCCAAGCCUCCAUCGCACUGAUUCUUCCUGGAUUCCUCGUCCUCUGCAGCAGUCUCGAGCUUCAGUCCCACCAAAUCAUCGCGGGCUCAAUCCGAAUGGUCUACGCAAUCAUCUUCUCCCUCUUCAUCGGCUACGGGAUAACAGUCGGAACAACCAUCUACGGACUACUUGACAACGGUGCCGUAUCCGACAUCAACUGUCCGAAAGACGGGGCCUUCCCAAACCCCUACGUACAGCGCUUCCCCUUCGUAACAAUCAUGACAGUCUGGCUCUUAAUCAUCAACCAAGGUAAAUGGAAACAACUGCCCCCAAUGACGAUCAUCGCCCUGAGCGGGUACACAACGAACUACUUCAGCACGAAAAAGCUCGGCUCAAACUCGCAAGUCGCCAACACGGUCGGCUCGUUCACAAUCGGCAUAAUGGGAAAUCUGUACAGUCGGCUCUGGCACGGACACGCGGCAACGGCCAUUCUCCCGGGCAUUUUCAUCCUGGUCCCGUCGGGACUGGCGGAGGGUAGCUCGGUGUUUAGCUUGGGGUUUGGUAUGAUUCAGGUUGCGAUUGGGAUUACCAUUGGCUUGUUCAUUGCGGCGUUGGUGGUUUAUCCGUAUGGGAAGAGGAGGAGUGGACUUUUUAGUUUCUAG